AUGUGCACGCUCGGUUUAGCUAGCGUUUCUUCGAUUCUAGCAGCGUCGUCGUGCCCAGGACUUACGGUAAGCCACGACGGGGAGCCUGUUGGGGAAUUUAAGAAUGUGAGCGGAAUUCAAGUAUACCAUUCGUAUGCCAAGGGCAACCCCAAUAACAGCAAUGCGAUUCUCUAUGUAACGGAUAUCUAUGGCGUUCCGCUUCUGCAGAACAAACUACUCGCCGAUUCCAUAGCCCGCGCAAACUACAAUGUAAUCAUGCCAGACUUAUUCAAUGGUGAUGCGGUUCCGGUGACCUCUUCCGAAGGUCCGGCACUCAACCUUACGGACUGGCGUGCGCGACAUCCCACUGCUGAGAUCGACCGCAUCAUCGGCGAGAUAAUCGCGUAUAUGCGCAAUAGCCUCGGUGUGAAGAGGAUCGGAGCUGUUGGGUACUGCUUCGGGGGGAAGUAUGUACCGAGAUUCCUUUCCGAAGGGAAAGGAAUCGAUGUUGGAUUCAUCGCGCACCCGAGUAGUCUCGAGGCAGCGGAGAUUCAGGGCAUAGCUGGGCCGAUAAGUAUUGCUGCUGGAGAGUUGGACAGCGCGUUCAAUGCAACAGGCCGCCGCAAAGCCGAAGAUAUCCUUACGAGUAAGAACUCAACGUACGAGGCCAAUUUGUAUUCCGGCGCACCUCACGGUUUUGGCGUGCGGGUAGAUCUGAACAACAAGCGGCAGAAGUAUGCAAAGGAAGCAUCCUUCUUUCAAGCAAUCACUUGGUUUAACACAUGGCUUUGACGAC